CCAUGGGGCGAGUCCAAGGAGGGAUGCGCUGCGUCAAGUUCCUGCUCUUUCUUUUCAACUUCAUCUUCUGGUUGGCAGGCUCUGCAGUCGUCGCAUUUGGACUAUGGCUGCGGUUUGGAGAGGUAGUAAGAGAUUUAUCGACUGAGGAAAAGUCCCCAGAAUACUUUUAUAUGGGACUGUAUGUGCUUAUAGGAGCAGGUAUACUUAUGAUGACAGUGGGAUUUUUUGGGUGUUGCGGAGCUGCCCGUGAAUCUCAGUGCCUGCUUGGAGCAUUCUUUACUUGCUUGUUGGUGAUUUUCGCUGCAGAAGUUACUGCUGGAGUUUUCGCUUUUAUUGGCAAGAAAGCGGCUGUCGAUGAGGUCCAAGCUAUCUAUAAUGAAGCUUAUGACGACUAUGUAAAAGAUGCAGAGAAAGGCAACAAAACCCUCAUCCAGUUCCACGAUGCGCUUCAGUGUUGUGGGAAAGAAAGUGACGCUCAAGUGAAGGCCACCUGUCCAAAAGACAUUCAGGAACACAAAAAUUGCCUGGACGAAAUCCAGAUUCUCAUUGAUUCAAAGCUUCAUUUAGUGGGCAUUGUUGGAAUCGGAAUUGCUGGAAUCACAAUCUUCGGCAUGAUCUUCAGCAUGGUCCUCUGCUGUGCAAUCCGUAAUACAAGAGACAUGCUCUAGGAUUCUCGCCUCGUAA